CAACCCGCCGCCCGCCGCCCCGCCGCCGCUCCCGGCAGGCCGCCGGCCCUCCGCGGCCGCCCCGUCCCUGCAGGGGCCCGCGAGCACCGACCCCCGCGGCGCCACUCGCCCGCGCCCUCCUCGCCGCCAUCGGCCAGCGGCGGCGGCAUUUUGAUUCCGGCGACGCUCCAGGGCGCCCGGGCGCCCGGUGCAUUGUGGGAGCGCCGGGCCGGUGGCGGGAGGAGGCGGAGGCGCCGAGCAGCCGGGCUAUCACUUUCGGCUCUUGGUACCUGUACUAUGAAUUCACUGCUCCUGGAGGCCAUUUUUUCCACUUUUUGUUGCCUUUGUUAUUGCUGUUGGAUAGGACAGAGAAAUCAAGGUGGGGAGACACCUGCAGAUCUGCUUCACCGCCUGUGAAGCGACCCCCCUGCAGGUAGAUCCCCAAAGAAACUGGACAACUAGGAGAAGAGGGAAGGGAGGAGCUCGGCCCAAGAACCAUGUCUACUCGAGAAUCCUUUAACCCUGAAAGUUAUGAAUUGGACAAGAGCUUCCGGCUAACCAGGUUCACUGAACUCAAGGGCACAGGCUGCAAAGUGCCCCAAGAUGUUCUGCAGAAAUUGCUGGAAUCCUUGCAAGAGAACCACUUCCAAGAAGAUGAACAGUUUCUGGGAGCAGUUAUGCCAAGACUGGGCAUCGGCAUGGAUACAUGCGUCAUUCCUUUGCGGCAUGGAGGCCUCUCCUUGGUUCAAACCACAGACUACAUUUACCCCAUUGUGGAUGACCCAUACAUGAUGGGCAGGAUUGCAUGUGCCAAUGUCCUCAGUGACCUCUAUGCUAUGGGGGUCACCGAGUGUGACAACAUGCUGAUGCUCCUUGGAAUCAGCAAUAAGAUGACUGACAGGGAAAGGGAUAAAGUGAUGCCCCUAAUUAUACAGGGUUUUAAAGACGCAGCAGAAGAGGCAGGGACAUCUGUAACAGGCGGCCAGACAGUCCUGAACCCCUGGAUCGUCCUAGGAGGUGUGGCCACCACCGUCUGCCAGCCCAACGAAUUCAUCAUGCCUGAUAACGCAGUGCCAGGGGAUGUGCUCGUGCUGACGAAGCCCCUGGGGACACAAGUGGCCGUGGCUGUGCACCAGUGGCUGGACAUACCUGAGAAAUGGAAUAAAAUUAAACUAGUGGUCACCCAAGAAGAUGUGGAGCUGGCAUACCAGGAGGCGAUGAUGAACAUGGCCCGGCUCAACAGAACAGCGGCUGGACUAAUGCACACAUUCAACGCUCACGCGGCCACUGACAUCACAGGCUUUGGGAUCCUGGGCCAUGCACAGAACCUGGCCAAGCAGCAGAGGAAUGAGGUUUCCUUUGUGAUCCACAACCUCCCUGUCCUGGCCAAGAUGGCAGCAGUGAGCAAGGCUUGUGGAAACAUGUUUGGCCUCAUGCAUGGGACCUGCCCAGAGACCUCAGGAGGCCUGCUCAUCUGUUUGCCGCGUGAGCAAGCAGCUCGGUUCUGUGCAGAGAUCAAGUCCCCCAAAUAUGGCGAAGGCCACCAAGCAUGGAUUAUUGGGAUCGUGGAGAAGGGCAACCGCACAGCCAGAAUCAUAGACAAGCCCCGGAUCAUUGAAGUCGCCCCACAAGUGGCCACGCAAAACGUGAACCCCACGCCUGGCGCCACCUCUUAAUCUAGACCACAGAGCUGUUUUGGUUUUGUUUUUAAAUAGAUCUAUUUCCUUUAUCAUCACUUCAAUUAAAGACUAAACAACAACCACAAAAAAAAAAAUCUCAUUGUGUCUACCCAUCGGGGACCUUAGGUCGAUUUGUGAGUGGAUGCAAGUAACUAAAUCCAAUCCAUUGCCUUUUUUUUCCUGUUACAUUAACUGAAGAUGCACCGAAUCUUGAGGCAGCUUCUGAGUUGAGAAUUAUAUUGUUAUCCAAUACUGUUGAUUCAUUUUGAAUCUUUAGACACUUAUCUCUCGCCGCAUAGGCUCUUUUUUAAAGGUGCUUCCCCACAGCACAGACAUUACCAGUUGUAGUGUCAGAUCGCAGUCUGUGUCUCCUCCUCCUCCUAUGUCUAUUUAUCAUUGCCAGUGUGAUCUUUCCUCAGUGUCUCACGCGGUCUUCUGGACAGACAGGAUUGGUAAGUGACAGCCCACUCUCCCUGUGAUAGAAGGGCUGCGUGACUGCCUCCAAGCCUUGGGUUUGUAAAGCCGUGUCUCCUCAGUCAAGAGUACCUCCCUGGCCCAGGACAUUGCCCGGCAACGCACUCUUCACACAGGCAAGUGCUUCGCUCUGCAUGAAAAGCACUUUGAAGACAGAAAAGAGGGAAAUUUCCCCUCUUCUUUCUUGUAGCCUUCCCAAUAUUUACAGUAAUCUCAUUAACUGUUUUUUUUAUUGAUAGCAACAAUGAAAAGAUACUUUUUGCAGUGUAACUAGCUGUUCUAUAGAACAACAAGAAAUUGCCUUGGUGAAGGGGUCUGUGUAUGAUACUCACUUAUAAUUCAGUCUAUAAUUAACUGCACAGAUGAUUUCUAAAUAUAAUCAAUAAAGACUGUUCUGUGGAUGGUAGUGCUUAAUACUUUUUCUAUUUUGUAUAGUGAUCCCAGGCAUUUUUGUUUUCUUGAAAGUCCGCAGCUGUGGAGCCUGAUUCUCAGCAUUAUGUUGUUUCUGGCACCAGGACUUUGUGUGCACGCUUUCUGUGAUCUGUUAAAAACUUGCACCGCCAGCAUUGCAGCUUGAACUACCCACUUGUUCAAAUAAAUAUUUAAUUUUUUUUAACCGCUCUUGUAUAAUCAGAUGCCCCUUUUAGUAUUAUUUUAGAAGUGUGGGGAAGGGUUUUGGCUAAAGUACAAUUUAUGGGGGAAAAUUAGAUUUUAGUUUUAUAAAACUUUUAAGUCUUUCACGGGACCUAUAUUUUCUUGAAUUAAAUUUUGUAGUUCUAGAACAAAUAGGUGAUCUAAAGAGGUGUUUAUCUGUGUUACUCAAGAACAGAGGCUUCCUUAUAUUGUAACCUGCUAAGCAAUUAGGAGCAAUUCCAGCACUAAAGCACAAGCCCACCGACUGCUGGCGAGUCUACAGAAGUGCUCUUACCCCACAUCCCUGAGGGCUUCCUGUUCCCCUGGCGCCUAAGUGUGGGAACUCAUCCACUUCUUGCCAAAGGAAACCACUCCUGGAGAUGACACCCUGGAAGAGGCUUUAGCCUGCUGUGCCCCCUGCAGGAACCCAAGGGAGGCCUGUCCCACGUGGAACUGGAACUGAAGCCAUAAUCUUGGGUGUGCAGUACCCAAGAGGCUGCUAGAACUGAGAUAACAGGACACUUUCUAGGAAUCUAUUCAGAUGUUGGUCCUCAAAAGCUACAACCCAGUGGUCUGCAAAAUAAAGUGUGUUGGAAACCUCUGAGUAA